AUGUUAUGGCCAACAGUGAUAAAGUUUCAGAGGUCUGAAGGAGUCUACUCAUCAGUUCAACCUGCUUACUUCACCACUUUCCUACCAAAGGUCAAGGAUCAAGGGAAAUUCACUCUCCCUUGCACACUUGGGCAUCUUGAGCUUGACAAUGCCUUGGUGGAUUCUGGAGCAAGCAUCAAUCUGAUCUCUCUCUCCAUGGCAGAGAAGCUAGGCAUUGCUGGAGCCUUGCAGCGCCCUACUACUUCAAUCAUGUUUGGAGAUGCAACUUCUAAGUCUCCUCUUGGAGUGUUCAAGAACUAUCACUUGAAAAUUGGAGAAUGCAUCAUCCAAACUGAUCUUACUGUCAUGGAGAUGGAAGAAGAGAAGGAUCUACCUCUGUUAUUGGGAACCCCAUUCCUUAGCACAGUUGGCGCUUCAAUAGACUUUCACAAGCAAGAAGUGAUCUUCACAAGGUGA